GGAAAGAAGGCAUCAAAGUAACUGUCUGGUCGAGUCGCUUCUGUGCCUCACUUUGACAUGGAUGUGAUCAGUUUCUGGCACUUUGGUGGCGAUGCAUGGGUAUUUAGUUGUGCACGGUGAUGCAGGCUGGCCUUGAUGAGGGUGCACACUGAAGUGACCAAAUAAGGGCGUAGGAGCAGACAGCCAUGGCAGUGCUGCAGGUGCUGUGCAGUCUGAUUGGCUGGUCGGGUCUCUAUGUGGCGUUCUGCAGGGUCUCUCCUCAACGGGGGCCCGAGUGGAACUGCCGCAUGGUCACGCUGUCCCACGGCGUGGUCAUCGUCCUGCUGACGGCGUACGUCAUCUUCGUAGACGGACCCUGGCCUCUCACGCACGCAGGAACAGAGAACACGCGGCUCCAGAUUCGGGCUUUGUCCGUCUGCCUCGGCUACUUCCUUUUCGACAUUGGCUGGUGCGUGCGCUUCGGCACGGAGGGCAGGGUCAUGUUGGCCCACCACGCCGCCAGCAUCGCGGGGAUCCUACUGGCGCUGCUGACGGGGGCGUCGGCCUGCGAGACCUGCGCCGUGAUCUUCGGCAGCGAGCUCACCAACCCCCUGCUGCAGACCCGCUGGUUCCUGCGCCGCACGGGCCUGUACGACAGCCUGCUGGGCGACGCCGUGGACCUGCUCUUCAUCUUCCUAUUCGCCACCGUCCGCGUAGGCGUGGGCGGCGCCAUGUUCUACCACGAGCUGACCUCGCCGAGAACGGCGGCGGUCAUGAAGUUCGGCGGCGUGGUCAUGUACGGACUGGCGUGGGUGUUCAUGGCGGACAUCGCCAGAUUCGGCUACAAGAAGAGUCGGGUUCGGUAUAAGCAGUGGCGGGAAAAGCACAAAGAAGUCAACAUGGAGGGGAAACAUUUGGCAGCGGACUAACUGUUGGUCACACUGCUAUCUACAGGCACUGGAAGGAACUACACUUUUGUCUUGCUUGUCAUUUCUUAAAGGCCUACUGAAAGCCACUACUACCGACCACGCAGUCUGAUAGUUUAUACAUCAAUGAUGAAAUCUUAACAUUAUAACACAUGCCAAUACGGCCGGGUUAACUUAUAAAGUGACAUUUUAAAUUUGCCGCUAAACUUCCGGUUCGAAACGCCUCUGAGGAUGACGUAUGCGCGUGACGUAGCCCGGGGAACACGGGUAUGCCUUCCACAUUGAAGCCAAUACGAAAAAGCUCUGUUUUCAUUUCAUAAUUCCACAGUAUUCUGGACAUCUGUGUUCGUGAAUCUGUUGCAAUUAUGUUCAUUGCAUUAUGGAGAAAGAAGCUGAGCAAGCAAAGAAGAAAGUUGUCGGUGCGAAACGGACGUAUUUUUCGAACGAAGUCAGCAACAACAGUACAC